CAACGAAUUUAACCGGGUGGUUUCAAAUCUACAAAACUGCUGACACCUUGAUUGUAUCCACAAAAGCGAAGCAAAGACGAAAUAAUACUAAGUUCGCUAUCAAUAUUCUAAUAUCUAAAUAUCAAAAUACAGCUUUUUGCAACUGCAUUCAACAAAGUAUUGAACGUCUGGGUUACGCGCGGUCUCAACAGGAAUCACCCUGUGACGCAACCACGCAAAGAGCGCCAGAUUCAUUGCGUGAUGCUUAUUGGUGUGAACGUGAUGUAUAUGCAAGACAGAUCGUCAAAGAUAAUCCAAAAUCUGACAAAAUAGACAACGGAGUUUUUAUUCGUACGCAAUUCUGUCAAAAUGUCAACAGUUAUAAUACGUGGCUACUUGCAGUAACGUCCUUGUGUCCAUUAAAUGAACACAGGAAAUGGAGAAACUGUGGUUCGUGGGGCGCCAUGUUGGAUCAGAUGCGCUAUACAUAUCCACGCAAAAUCUCCUCUGGGAGGAGCCAUAAUGGCGAACUGUCUUUUGCACUGUGUACUCGGACUUCCUUAAUCCUGGCAGGUCAGCUGACCUAUGUCGUGACAGUUUUUUUCCUUCUCACUCCACUGCUUGGUAGGAUAUUCCUAAGAUUGUCGUUCAUUUCAUGCAAACACAGAUUGCUAACCCUGAGAAUGGAUUUUGCCAAGCUGCCUAAGAUCCGAGAUGAGGAGCGUGAGAGUCAGUUUGGAUAUGUGCAUGGAGUUUCAGGCCCAGUGGUGACAGCCUCUAGUAUGGCAGGUGCAGCCAUGUAUGAACUGGUGCGUGUGGGCCACUGUGAGCUGGUGGGAGAAAUUAUCAGAUUGGAAGGAGAUAUGGCGACCAUCCAGGUAUACGAGGAGACCUCUGGAGUUUCUGUCGGAGACCCAGUGCUCCGCACUGGAAAGCCCCUCUCUGUGGAGCUGGGGCCCGGAAUCAUGGGCUCUAUCUUUGAUGGUAUUCAGCGUCCCCUCAAAGACAUCAAUGACCUCACAAAGAGCAUUUACAUCCCCAGAGGGGUUAACAUAGGAGCCCUCAACAGGGACAUCAAGUGGGAAUUCUCUCCUUUUCAGAACCUGAGGGUUGGAAGUCACAUUACAGGAGGCGAUAUCUAUGGAUUGGUGUACGAGAACUCUCUAAUCAAACACAAGAUCAUGUUGCCCCCUCGCAGCAGGGGAACAGUAACCUACCUCGCUCCACGAGGAAAUUAUGACGUCUCUGAUGUGGUGUUGGAACUGGAGUUUGAAGGAGUAAAGGAGAAGUUCACCAUGGUGCAGGUGUGGCCUGUGCGACAGGUGAGGCCUGUCACUGAGAAACUACCUGCAAAUCACCCCCUGCUGACUGGACAACGAGUACUGGAUGCCCUCUUUCCUUGUGUCCAAGGAGGGACCACAGCCAUUCCAGGAGCCUUCGGCUGUGGUAAGACCGUGAUCUCUCAGUCUCUCUCCAAAUACUCCAACAGUGAUGUCAUCAUUUACGUGGGUUGUGGAGAGCGUGGAAAUGAGAUGUCUGAAGUAUUAAGAGACUUCCCGGAGCUAACUAUGGAGGUGGAUGGCAAGGUGGAGAGCAUUAUGAAGAGAACAGCACUGGUGGCCAACACCUCAAACAUGCCUGUGGCUGCCAGAGAAGCCUCCAUCUACACGGGUAUUACAUUGUCUGAGUACUUCAGAGACAUGGGCUAUAACGUCAGUAUGAUGGCUGACUCCACCUCGCGUUGGGCUGAGGCUCUUAGGGAGAUCUCCGGGCGAUUGGCUGAGAUGCCUGCUGACAGUGGGUAUCCCGCAUACCUUGGAGCCCGUCUGGCGUCAUUCUAUGAGAGAGCAGGUCGAGUGAAGUGCCUGGGGAACCCAGAGAGAGAGGGCAGCGUCAGCAUUGUGGGAGCUGUGUCUCCCCCUGGUGGUGACUUCUCAGAUCCUGUGACUUCUGCCACUCUUGGGAUUGUGCAGGUGUUUUGGGGUCUAGAUAAGAAGCUUGCUCAGAGGAAACACUUCCCUUCUGUUAACUGGCUUAUCAGUUACAGUAAAUAUACACGAGCACUGGAUGAGUACUAUGACAAACACUUCCCAGAAUUUGUGCCGCUGCGUACCAAGGCCAAAGAGAUUCUGCAGGAGGAGGAGGACCUGGCUGAGAUUGUGCAACUUGUUGGAAAGGCAUCUCUGGCUGAGACGGAUAAAAUCACUCUGGAGGUGGCCAAACUCAUUAAAGAUGACUUCCUGCAGCAGAACGGUUACACUCCCUAUGACAGGUUUUGUCCCUUCUAUAAGACAGUGGGGAUCCUGUCUAAUAUGAUAGCUUUUUAUGACAUGGCCCGGCAUGCUGUUGAGACCACAGCACAGAGCGAUAACAAGAUCACCUGGGCCCAGAUCCGUGAACACAUGGGAGAAAUUCUUUAUCGGAUCAGCUCCAUGAAGUUUAAGGAUCCAGUAAAAGAGGGUGAAGCAAAAAUCAAAGCUGACUACGGUCAGCUGCUGGAGGACAUGCAGAAUUCUUUCCGCAGUCUUGAGGACUGAAAGCAACCUUUGACCUCACACGUGACGUGUCCCACCUCUCUCCUCCCCUGUGCUGUGCAGUGCAUUUCCCAGUGCUCCCUUGUGCAUGUGUACCUCUCAUCUGAAUAUACACUGAAACUGUUCAGCUGAUCUGAACGAGACCAAUAAAAAAGUCAGAGCUAGUAGCCAUCGCUAAUCUCAACACGAAGAGUGUGUGUUCUCACUCUAAAACUACAACUGUUACUUGGUGUUUGAAAUAUAAGAUUGUAUUUUAGCAUCUUAGGCAAAUGCCUCUGUGAUCUCUCUGUGCUGAGACUCAACUCUCGAAGCACAAAAACAGCAAACAUUCAUCUUUUUUUCUUACCACCUGCUUUCCCAUGAGUCCUCGUUGCAUGUGUUAGGAGUGCAGGGGAGCACAGUGUUUAUUCUCAUCGCAG